GUGGAGAUGACCUGAGAGUUAUCUAUCAAUUAGCUUAUAUAGUUGAGCUAUUUUUCGAAAUUCGGAUCCGGAGGUUAUGGAUUCCAUGGAAGCUCCAUCUCCACCUUUUCAGUCUCCCUCUCGUUCCAGUCAACAGCUCCAUUUCUACCUCGCCGUGGAUCGUCCCCAAUUCAAAAUGGAGACUGUAGUGGAGUUAUUAGGCGUUCUAGGUCGUCGUCCAUGGCUUCCGAUUGUAGUCUCUUGCAGCUCUCGCGAUGAACUUGACGCCCUCUGCUCUUCCUUGUCCACCCUUCCUUACAUCUCCUUAGCCGCUUUGUACAGCGAUCUAGCAGAGAGAGACCGAACUCUGGUUUUAGAGAAAUUCCGAAAAGCAACUAUCAACUGGAACCAGCAACUCAACUCUGCAGUAGUAGAAGAAGCUUUAGACGAGAGUGAAGCCGAAAAAGAAGAAAAGAAAUCUCAUUUGGUAGUUGUAACCGAUGUUUGUCUUCCACUAAUUUCAUCUGGAGAGUCUUCUCUUUCCGCAAGAGUUCUCAUAAACUACGAGCUUCCUACGAAGAAGGAAACUUAUACAAGGCGUAUGACAACUUGCUUAGCUCCAGGUGGGAUUGUCAUAAACAUGGUUGUUGGAGGAGAAGUAACGACUCUUAAAAGCCUUGAAGAAAGCGCCGGCAUCAUCAUCGCAGAGAUGCCAAUCAAUAUUUCUGAAAUCUUAUAACAACGCAUGGAUCUAGCUCAUACGAUCUGAAGGAUAUCGUCUAAGCAGGGUUGAUGGCUCUUAAGCUUCAAAUUAUAUGUUACUCUGACUUCUGCAGAGAAAUCAUUAGUUUGUUUUAACUUUUAAGCGAGAGAAGCUGUCUCUCUGCUGCACUUUUGUCUACAACGCUGUGUUUUGACAGUUGUAGUCUUGUAGACAAAAAAACAUUAAACAUUUGGUUGGAUGAAGACAUAAAGCAAUAGACAAGAUUUUAG